GUGUGUGUUAUGUAUGUAUGUGUGUACAUGCGAUGUUGUGUGUUAUGUGUGUGGGGCAUCGACGUCGCUCUAGCUCGCCGGUCACGGCGAUCACGUCUCGUUAACGACGUUAAACGUUGAAUUGCGAACGGUUCGGCGAACUCCUCUCGUCGGCGCGGCCCUUCGAGGAAGGGCGAGAUAAGAGGAGCGCUCCCGAGGAAGAGUUCGUGCGUGCUCGUGCGGAGUCGUGCGGACUCGUGCGGCUUGUGCCGAUUAAAGGGAGAGAGAGAGAGAGAGAGAGGAGGGAGAGAAAGAGAGAGAAGGAGAGAGAGGAGAGAUGCUCGGGCGCACAUGGUGACAUCGUCUUCCGGGUCAGUUGGAAAAGUAGAUCCGUGACUUUUGCGCGCUUUGUGUUUACCGAAGCUUCCGCGGCUCCGGAUGACGCCGAGGCCGCCGCCGACGAAGACGACGACGACGUUCCCGCGGUACUUCCGGCGAGGCGACGCUUCCAUCCUAUAGGGGGGAGGCUUCCAUCCUAUGGGGUGUAAUGGCGAUUGGGAAGAAGUUGCUGCAAUGAAACGCAUGAAUGACAAUGGGCUGAAACGCUUGAAUAAUUAGCAUCUAUACAUAAUUGCAUAUCUAUUGUUAGCAAGUUACCGCCAGACAUGGCAGCUAUAGAAGAAAAGAAACGUGUCGGUGGCUCCAAGGUGUCAGCCAUCGCAAACAUCUUCCAGUCCAAGCCGCAAUUGGACAAUCUAAGCCAUAGGACGAACAAUAUUAUGUCGGAGGGAUUUAAGGAGCCAGCUGUUCCGUUGAAAGAAUCCCCGACGCAAGUAACAGUAGUCAGAACGGAGAGUCAUGUGGCACGUUUUAACAAUGCUCGAGCUCUCUUCGAGAAGCUCGGCGAGGAAAACAAAUCGAACAGACCGGUCGACCGGGUCACCAAGCCCAACAACUUGCACGGUCUCCGGUCCCGGUCCAGCUCCGCGAACUCGGGUUCCGGGUGCACCUCUCCCACGAGGUCACCGCGACCUCGUUCACCUUCCCCGCCGGGCAGUCGCGAACAUCUGAGCACGUGGAGCGCCAGCGUGCCGGCUUUGAACGCGGAGCGGCACUUCGAGAACGGCCACUGCGCCCCGGAGCGGCGUCCCGGCGUUGCGAGCAAGGUCGAGCGGACGUUGGACAAAGAGAACGACCGUCCGGAACGGCCGGAGAAACCGGAACGUCGGCCGAACUCGAAGGAGCUGAUCGAGAAGCAGAGAAACUGGACCAGCCACUUCUCCAAGACCAGACCGAGUCGCUACAACUCCGAUCCGAAUCGCUCGCUGGUCCAGACGUCCCUGAACUCGCAGAACGCUCAGGUUCCGCAGUCGGCGUCCGUAGACGCCUGUCAGAGCUCGACGGUGAGCGCGACCGGCGUCAACGACUCCACCAAUCCGGCCACCAGGUCGGCGAGCUUCUGCUCGGCACGUUCGCCUCCACCGCCGCCACCGCCUGUCCGGAACUCGUCCGCGGUCGGUAGGAGAGAACGACCGGCUAGUAUCGCCAUCAACCCGUCCGACCUACUGGAGAGCCCGGAAUACGCGACGGUGGAGAGGUUCGACGACAUCUCGCCGAGUAUUCCCGAGUACGCCGUCGUUCAGAAAACGAAGAAGCACCAGGACACCGCGAAGGAGAGUCAAGACGCUGCUAAGGCUCAAGAUUCCGCGUUGCCGGAAUAUGCGGUUGUGCAGAAGACCCCCAAGACGGGUUUGAAAUCAGCGGAGAAGGAAGCUUCCAAGGUCGGUGCGGGUCAGAAGAGCGCGGCGACUCCGGAGGCCACUUCAGGGAGCAAAAUUGUAACUUCCAAAUCUACGGAGAACUCCAAGGACAUCCCCAAGAUCAUUUUGCAGAACUUGAAGAGCUCGGCAUCUGUAGAUGCAGUUCCGGGAAGCAAAACUAUAGUCGUUAGGCCAGCGGAGGAUGCCAAGGAGAUUUCCAAACCCGUUGUGCCAAGUUCAAAAGGCUCGCCGGUUGUGGAAGGAGGUAAGAAUGCGAUUUCCAAGUCGACGGAAAGCUCGAGAGAAGCUUCGAAGCACUCCGCAUCUGCGGAUGGAGCACCAGUAUUCAGAAGUACGAUUUCUAAGCCAAUAGAGGACUCAAGAGAAAAGACUGAAGGAUCGAAAGAAGGUACAAAAAGCUCGACGAUCGCAGAGAAAGCUGCGGAAUCGAAAACUGCCGUUACAAAUGAAUUCAAUAAGGACUCUUCCGAGCAAACCAAGUCGUCGUCAGUAUUGCAUUACGAGGUUUCUAGUCCAACUCGAAGUGUCUCGACGGAUAACGUCUUAGUAAGGAGGGAGAGCGAUCUGCUGGAGGCGCCGGAGUAUUUCAAUUGUCCUCCCAGCCCGAUUCACUCGCCGGCAAAGACUUCCGAGUGGAGGAACGAGUGGCUGGCGAAGAACGACGAGAUCCUGAAGAGAACCGUGGAUUUCAAAGACGUAAAAACUCCGUCGAAGGAGGAGACGGAGGCGCGUGGCGACGUCGUCAGGCCGGAUCCUAGACCCGAUUGGGCCAGACCCAACGCGAAUGCGAAGAGGAAAGACACCGUGGCGGAUGAAAAGAAGGGCGCCGAACUGAUACGUUCUCCAGAGUCCGAACUGGGUCUGCCUUCCGCGGGUACCGACAGCGCCUCGUCCAGCAUGAGCUCGCCUAGCUCGCCCUCCAAGGACAGCAAGGAGGAGAAGGCGGAGAAGGAAAUGUCGGAAAAGCAUCAGACAGGUCGCAAUAGCUAUGACUUGGAGACAGAGGAUCAGGAGAAACCAGCUACGUAUCAAAGUUGCAUCUCGGACAUGGAGAGCUUCUCUGAGAAGGAUCAGUUCCAGUUUAACGAAACGGACACAACUACGGUGAUUCGACGUUCUCACGUGCGUCUUGAUCUCCAGGCAGCUGGUCUAGGUCCACGUCCGCCCUCUGUCAUCAGUUCUGACCAGGAGUAUCCUCCGCUGGAGCACAAGGAUAUCCCUAUUCCUUCUCCGUAUGCUAAAAAGCUGCAGAGCGAAGACAUAGUUUCGCAGAGUAAUGUCGAAUGCAAAACUAAACCAAGUGUAGAAAUGAAGAAUGACAGUAUAGGUACUACGGAAGCAAUAAAGAUGAAUUCCACAUCGGGGGAGGCGUUGCAGGACGUCAAGACGAAGCCCAGCAGCGAUGGAAUAUGCCAGAAGACCGUCUCGAAUGCAAAGAAUGAUCAGAUCAAGAUCAGCGUGAGGGAGAAGAUCGCGAAGAACAGGGAGGAGGUGUCCGGCAAGCGUUCCAGCUUUGUCGAGGCGGAGAGCAAGAUCGACAGCGUGGAUCGGGUGAACAAUCGCGGCCAGGAAAUGAACAAUUUCGGGUCUAUCGCGAAGGAGAGCAACGAUGAGGAGAAGAAGUACACGACGGAGCUGGCCAACUCCGACAUCGGCAACCGAAAGGAGUGCAUCGCCGCGGUGAACAACGUGCUGAACCGGAAGACGGAGGCGACGACGGAGCAGAUCCAGACCACGUGGGAGCAGGAGAAGCAGAAGGCCGAGCUGGCGAAGCUCAGACUGUCGGAGAACUUGAACAACCAGGGCUCGCCGGUGGCGGCUAAUGCGCAGCUCUCGCAGAAACAUUCCGCGAGCAGGAAAUCCCUCGAGCAUUCCGCCUCGGAGAGCAGCCAGAUCGAGGACAGCGAUUCCAGCGACACUAAGACCGUCACCAAUCUCGAGUGCCUGGAGAUGCAAAAUAAUUCUCCCAAGAUCACGGAGGUUUCUCCGAAGACCGCCGUCAAUCACAUCACCCCGGUGACGCCGGACACCAUGACUCCGGACGAGGCUGAGAACCUGCUGAGCUCCCGAAUCUUAGAGAAAAAGAUCAGACAAGGUUCGGCAUUGCUAUCGGACGAGGAGGCGCAGGAGAUAGCGAGGCUGCUGUCUCCCACCGGUGUCGAUGGCGCGAUGGCAGGUGAUGACGGGAUUUCUAAUGACAAGAAUAAGGAAGGACAGGAUAGCAGAGACGACCAACAGGACAACACGCCCGAUUGGCUGUCCGAUGUCCUGUCUGCUCCUGAUUCCAGUCUUAUCAAUAGCGCCACUCAUGAUUAUAGCCUGUCCCAAAGAUCCCGCAGUGACCUGACAAUCGACUCGUUGACGGAGAGCCAAAUAGGAUCAGUGACUGGAAGCGAGAGCGGACUCCUAGGCUCUGUCAGCAGCUUGAACGACACACAGGAGGCUAAUGACGACACCGAAACCGAGCAUCAGGAUGAAUACAUUCCGACUCCAGGAAAAAUAGUACUCGUGGAAAAUGGCGUGCAUUACUUCGAGGAUGGCCACUUUUGGAUGGAGGUCGCGGGAAUUCCGGAAUCCGACGAGGACGACGAGGAUUACCCGACCACCAUACCCGUGAAGAAGACCACCAAGGUGUCCUUCGACACUGGACCCAUGCGCGUUUACUCCACGCAUUCGGUCAACGAAUAUGAUCGUCGCAACGAGGACGUUGAUCCUGUCGCAGCUAGCGCAGAGUACGAAUUGGAGAAACGCGUUGAGAAGAUGGAGGUAUUCCCAGUCGAGCUGAUGAAGGGCCCGGAGGGCCUGGGUCUCAGCAUAAUCGGGAUGGGCGUGGGCGCGGACGCGGGUCUGGAGAAGCUGGGCAUUUUUGUGAAAACUAUCACGGACAAGGGUGCGGCUGCACGCGAGGGACGGAUCCAAGUGAACGACCAGAUCGUCGAGGUCGACGGGAAGAGUCUGGUCGGCGUGACGCAGGCUUACGCCGCCAGUGUGCUGAGGAACACUUCCGGUCUCGUGCGAUUCGUAAUUGGCAGGGAGAGGGACCCCAAGAAUUCGGAAGUGGCGAUGUUGAUCAGACAGAGCCUCCAGGCGGACAAGGAAAGAGAGCUGGCAAACGCUGCCAACAGGAAACUCAACUUCUCCGAUGCUUCCCCGGACGGUCAACGAGGCAGCGAAGAUAUCUCGAUCGGCAGCGGGAUAAGCGGGAUCCCCGGUUCCCCGGCGAUGUCCUCCUGCUCCGAAGGGGAACCAACUCACAGUCCCAUCGAGAACUACCUGUCACCCUCUAGUCGCAGCCGAUCUCCGAUACUCAGCUCAUCUAUGCCACAACACACUGCCACUACGCAAAGCGACGUAGACAGUCUAAGAUUGCUCUUGCAAGAGAGUCAGUAUAAACUUGCAAUAGCGGAUGAAGAAGUUGAAAAGCUCAAAGCAAAGUUGGUGGAGUUGGAAAACAGCGGAGCGGGCAGUGAGGAGUACGCGGCCAAACUACGGGAGUCCGGACUGCGUCUUCACGAGUCGGAAAGGGCUUUGGGUACUGCCCGCCUAGACCUGUCCACGGCCAGGGAGAUGCUGUCGCAGGCGACGGCGCAGAACGCGGCGUUGCAGCAAAAGUAUGCCAGGGCGAGACGAGCCACCAGAGAGCUGCGAACGGACAUUGCGGCCAGGGACGAGUUCUAUCAGCAACUGCUGCAAGAGAAAGACACAGAGUACAACGCGUUGGUGAAGAGUCUCAAGGACAGAGUGAUCACGCUGGAGGUGGAGCUGACGGAGACGCAGAGACGAUUUGGUCUGCCUGUAAGGUUGCCUUACGACAACACGACUGCCAAGAUAGUGACGCCGCAGCUCUCUCGCCGACAAAUACUACCACCACCUUCGUCGACCAGUUGUCAGCUCUCAGAUACGGAGACCUCUGAUCUCAGUAGUCCGGAUGACGGUGACAAGACCGCGACUGUGGAGAGAAAGCUGCCUCUGCCGAUACCGGUGAAGGAGGAACUGGAUCGCGCCGUGCCAGCCCAUCGUCUCCUGGACAAUUCUGCCGGGAAGAGCAAGGCGGAGCUGGCUAGCCGGGGCGGUCUGGCGAAUCGUCAGUUACCCAAGCAACGAUCCGGAGGCCUCAGCAAUAGCAGCUCCGAUUACGGUCUGGACGAGUCGGGCGAUAACACGGAUGACGAUUCCUCUUCGAAACUCACCUCACAGGACAACAGCAGCAGGUCGCCCAAUGACUUCACGUCCAAGCAAUCCAAUUUGAGUUCUUACUCCAGCACUUCGUCCAUUAGUUCGCUCAAGGGCAAAUCGCACAUGGAUCCUAUACAUGCCACUAUGAUCCGGCAGCAUAGUACCAUUAGCUCACAAGUCAGGGCAAUGACCGAGCAGAGCUGGCCACAAUCGCAAAAAACUUUAACUGGACCUCCUGCGUCGCUCGCGGAACAGCUAAAGCAGGUUUUAGCCGAGAGGGAGAAGCGACUUGGCGGGAAUGACUCCUCGCGAGAGAGCUCUGGAGACUUCAGUGAUCUCAACAAUCCUCAUAACGACCCGACGAUGGUCACGCAUCAUCUAGUGGAGGAGAUACGACAAGCUGUUAACGAGGCUAAUCAGAGAGCUGUUUUUGCAGUGAAAAAGGUAUCGAUCUCCCCGUCGAACUUCGGCGCCGGAGGUGCGCCCUGGCAUCACCCGGGAAGCUCUCCUUCAAGUUUGUCUUCCGGCGGUUCCGUGAGUCCUCCCGGUGUUGAUCCUAGUCCUUCGAAAGCCGGUAGUCUCGCAGAUUCGAGCACAGUUUGGUUGCCCGCUCACCUAAGCGACUUUGGUUUAGGUGACAAAAAAUCUCACUUCUGGCAGAACGCACCAGUUGCAGAUUGGUCCAAAGAACAAGUUUGCCAGUGGCUUACGGGAAUCGGUUUAGAACACUAUUCGCCGCAGUUUUUGGAUAACGGCAUUAACGGGAGCAACUUGCUGCGUUUGGAGUCUAGGGAAUUGAAGGCCCUGGGGGUCUACAACGAAGCCAAGGCGCAUCUGAAGCGCAAGCUGAAGGAGCUAAGGGCCCAGGCCGAUCGCGAGCGCAAGGAACGCAAGGAAAUGGAGCGAAUGCGACGAAAAGCAGAAAAGGCAGCGCGGAAAAAUAGCUAGAGAGUGAAUUAUAGACGCGUUCGUUAAUAUCAAUUAGAGACGCUCGGUAGGAGAAUACAUAAUGCGGGUUUUCUCGACGCUAGGUGUGUACAGAGUAUCUCGAGAAAGGGGUUUUAAAUGCAAAGGAAUUAAAUGACCGAUAUAUUAUAUUUAUUGAGAGAUAUUGGGAAUCGAAUUUGAAAUUCGAAUGAAGAAAUGACGCCGUCCAUUUCACAUAGGAUGUCAUCUAGAGAGAUGCGUGUUCUUAUCAUAUCUAUGAAAGAAUUGUGCGAGUAAGCGAGUUUUUUUAAAUAUUGUGCUUUUUCGAACAUAAACUCUUUGGUUCUUUUAAAAUAUAACUCAGGCUGUCUAUGAUUGAAAUUAAAAUUACACAUUUUUUGAGUAAUUUCUGAGAUAAUGACUAAGAAUCAUAAUUAUUUCAAAUAAUUCAUAAUAAUACUAAGAGAGUAGUAUUAAUCUUGUAAUAAAUUAAUUUAAAGAAAUAA